GCGACAACGGGAGAGACUGCCUUUUCAAGCACCAAGGCGUUUUUACAAGGCCUCGCUUCGGGCCAGUUUAAAUCCGCCUUUGCGCAAGGUAAACGGCUGGCCUCCAGUGCCGGAUCGGCUUUAUACAAGCGGGUUCUGCAGAGCGACGACUGCUUGACCAGCAACGCUCAGCGCUGUGUUGCGGAGAGCGUGGGACUGCCAAUUGCCGUUCAAGUGAUGACACCGGAGUGGACCGAUGAGCGCUGUCUUGGGAUCAUGAGUCUGGUCGAAAGUCUGGUGGACUUUGACAUUAGUGCGUCAGUGCAGCUUGGCCAGGCUGCUGCUGGUAGAGCCACGCUUCGCGCCGCCGCACACGCGGGAAGUGCAGCUGCCGCCAGUAGUUUAGUCCCAUCCACUUCGGGCAAAGCGGUACCGCAGAGCAGCUCCACCGAAGGAGCGGACCAAGGCAACAAGGGCUUACUGUUCCGCCCUAUUGGUGCAGCCACUCAACUCGUCGAAGCUACCAAAAAGCAGUUUGCAACUAGUAGACAGGUAGACGGGUCGUGCAGUGAAGAAGUUACAGAUCUCAGGAUUGGUGCUGUGGGGGGUCUGAAUCUUGCCGUAUGGAACGGUAACAUGACCGCGGUCGACGACUUUCUGCGACAGGUAGGACGUCCAGUGACGAGUCGUCCUUCCUCCACAAAAAGGGGGCGUCGGUCGGAGAGUCAGAACCCGAGACGUGGGAGUUGGUCUCGCACUGGGAAAGUCGUGUCCUGGCGGAAUCCCGGGGAACAACAAUCACGCGAGUUAUCUCACCAGAAACGAAAUGACAAAGCAGCUGCUUAUCCGAGCCUGCGCAAGCGAGCGUCGGAGAUGACCAGCGAACCCAUAUUAAUGACAAGUUCGCGGAACAACACUGCUCGGUUUGGUGCCGAAGGCGAAGCAGCCGCGACUGCGAAGAGCCAACUUUUGGCAGAAGCAGAAACCGGAGUAGACGAGCAGCAAGCCAAGGGAUCAGCGAAUAGGAGGUCUGCUUCCUCAUCCUCGGCUGCAAAUGGUAACAUCUCGACGUCGACAGUUCGGCGAGCAAGCAACUCAUCAUCUCGGUAUCUACAAUCGGAUAUGUCCAAAGGCGCUGUCAGGCAUCUGCCAGGUCGUGGCCUUGCUGAAUACCCAGGUUCGACUCUCACGGACCGCUCAGCGUCUCCCGUCACUCGAACGUCGGAAGCGAAAAAUGAACGCAGCUCGUCUAGAUCUCGUGGAUCCGGACUGAGUCCGCAGCCUCGUAAAAGUAUUCCACACGGCGAUCGCUUGUCCUCGUCACCAAAGACAGCGGGUGGAACAAGAGCAUCCUCAGCUUCCCCGUCGCCAUUGAAUAAAGGAAUAUCUGCAAGAACCACGACGUUAGAUGGAACUUCUACAGUUCCCUCCAGUCCCCCGCGAUCAUCAGCAAAAACAAACAGCACGACGGUUUUUACCCCUAAAGGUUCUGGACGGAGUGGAUCACGCAAAGAGGCCGCUUCAAGUUUAACCGAGGAGGUAGACGCAGAUGAUAUGCGGAGAAAGAAAGCCGGCACCAGAGGAAAACAACGUGAAUCCGGACGCUUGUCACGAAAUAGCAGAUCGCCGCGACGCGCGUCCGAGCAAGUAGCUACACCGACGAAGAGAGAUGCAUCCGACUGUGCCUCGUUGCCGCCCUCAGGCGUGGUUAAGCAGAACAGCAAGAGAGAAACGGCGUUAGAAGCCGUUGAGGGAAGCGGAAGUUGGAGCACGAGCGCAACAUCAGAUUGAAAAUAUAUUUUUCCACUGCAAUUUGAGAAUAGAGAUCCAAGAGAACAUGCUGAAGGCGCAAUGAAGACGUCUGGUGGACCUCGAUUUUUAGAAGACCAUUCAGACUCAUUGCUUAGAACCUGAUAAAAACAGGCGCACCUCCGUGCUUUACGCUUUAUUUAGUUUUUCAACCAAUUGUGACUAGCCCCCACAAGCUUCGCCCGGCUUCGAGUUUAGUACUUCUCCGCCCACGGGCUACAGCUAGAGACAGCCCGCGGGCGAAGUAGUGCACUUCGAUAAGCCGACUGCAACGAGGCUGCCGACGCUAGCCGACUGAGAUAGAUGCGCCGACCUAUGGGCAGGCUGAUAAGUAGGCAGCUUCUGGCUUUUUAUUAGACUGGCGUGGGGGUCUUGCAAAUUCUUAAGGAUUUGCGUGACCGCCACGGCAGUCCAACAAAAACAAGCGGAAGAGAAUCACCGGGAGCGCAUAACCACCCGCAGGCCCCAAAGCUUAUAGCCGGCCCGCGGUGGCAGGCUGGCAAGAGGGGCGACCUUGACGGGCCAAGAAACAGCAGCGCAUGGCUAGCUGCGCUGGCUGAGUCUCGGUGGGGCUUCUUCUUUCGUCGAAUGGUAUUGCUUCUGCAUGGGGGGCGUCUGGUCAUUCGUCGGGCUGAGGUCCUUCGUCACGCCAACGCCCUUCGCCGGGCGGGCGGGCCUCUUUCGUCAGGCUGACUCCUCUCGUGCUCGUCAGGCCGACGGCUUUCGUCAGACUGACGUCUUUGCUUCGUCGGGCUGAUGCUUUUCGUCAGACAAAAAGCGCUGCGCUUCCUUUCGUCAGAGCGGCGGCCAGAGGGGCUGGCGUCUUUCGCCAAACGUCUCGCGCCGCACCGUCUGGGGCUUUUCGUUGGGCUGAUGUCUUUGCUUCGUCUGUCAGAUCAAUAUCUGUCGUCAGGCUGAGCGAAGCCUUUCGCCGGACUCACGUCUUUUGUCGGAUUUAGUAACGUCGUUCGGCUCCGUCUGGCCGGCGCCUUUCGUCAGACCGACGCCGUCAGGCGUCUUACAUCUGGCGCCGGCUUGUCGUCUGAUAAUGUCACGUCUGUCGCCUGACGUUUUUCGUCCGGCGUCCUCUGUCGUACGUCUUUCGCCGGAUGUCUGCCACGAGCAGUCGAUCUGUCGGCAGGCGUCUGCUUCCUAGCGUCUUUCGUCAGGUGUAUUUCGUGGAGCGUCAAAUGCCUUUCACCCGCUUAGCGUCUCUCGGUGUCGUCCGACGUCUUUCGCCUGAGGUCUUACUUGUUUUCGCCAGAGGACGUCUCGCGACUGACGUCUUUCGCCUGGCGUCGGUCCGUAAUCUAUCAGACGUCUUGCGCCCGACGUCUUUCGUCGGACGUCUUUCGUCGGACGUCUUUCGUCGGACGUCUUUCGUCGGACGUCUUUCGUCGGACGUCUUUCGUCGGACGUCUCUCGCCAGACGUCUUUCCUUCGUCAGACAUGCCCCUGGGGACAUUUUUAGCCAGAUGUCUUUCGUCGACUGCUUUUCGUCGGGGUUCUUCUGCCAACUUGCGCCCCUACCCCCGUCGGGCAUUUUUUUGGCUUCUUCCCUGAUAGUCUACCGGGGGGCUGUGCAGUAAGUUCUGACAGGAAAACGGUCGGAGACUAACGGAGGUUGUGGCGGGCGGAACGGGGCGGGAGGUUGUAGGCAAAAGCCUCGCGGGGAGUUUUGUGGCGGUGAUCAGUGGGCUGGUUAAUCAUGUAGAUUAUUAGCGCAGAUUAAUAACUACAUAGCUUAAUAAUAUACCUUGAUAAUUGUUGCUUUGUCCUUGACUGUGUUGAGAGACUUGAAACGACAAACGAGAGAGAGAGGAGAAGCCAGAGACACCCGCGCGACGGUAAACCCGUCGGGCGUUUGGAUAGUGCUCCGGUAACCUUUUGCCUGGCGAUCUUGGUCAUUUUGAUGAUCUUCAUCCUUCUGAUCUUGGUGGAUCUUUGUGAUAGUUUCAAGGAUUUACGACCAUGACCAACAAUAAUAUUACAUAGCUUAAUAAUAUACCUUGAUAAUUGUUGCUUUGUCCUUGACUGUGUUGAGAGACUUGAAACGACAAACGAGAGAGAGAGGAGAAGCCAGAGACACCCGCGCGACGGUAAACCCGUCGGGCGUUUGGAUAGUGCUCCGGUAACCUUUUGCCUGGCGAUCUUGGUCAUUUUGAUGAUCUUCAUCCUUCUGAUCUUGGUGGAUCUUUGUGAUAGUUUCAAGGAUUUACGACCAUGACCAACACCCCUCCUCAAUCGUUGCGUGUCGAAGUCCCUAGUCUCUGGACUACCACGGAACUCAUAUCUCCUAACUAUUCGUCUAUGACUACAGUCGACUUGUCUAGAAACCAAAGUAAACCAGUAGUGCAUCUUCCACAUCUUUUGAUAGUUAGAAUUAUGGCAAUUGGUUGAGCCUGUCACGCGGUCGCAAGCUCCUCGUCAGAAGCUGCUUUCCACGUUUCAAAGGCUAGCAGUCUCGCACGCUCUUCUCAAUAACCUCCUGCCACUUAUUGGCAUCGGGGACUUGAGUGCUUGAGCAACGGACAAAAUCACACAUGAUUCGACGAGUUCCUCAUCUUCGUCGAGUUCACACAUGCCACCGACUGCACUAGCGAACAGCGCCAUACUUUUUCUCAGUUCUUCUAACUGUUUCAUUGUUCUUCGUACCCUGCUGCCUGCCUUGUCCUUAGCCCCUUUUGGUCGGCCACGCUUCUCGCCGUGUGGAUGGCGUUCGCCUGCCACAACACGUGCUGGAGAGGGCGCUUUCAACCUAGACGGACUAAGCGGAGCAGAUGUCACGUGAUCCUUCGCUUCAGCUUUCCCCUCCUCAAGUGAAACACCUUUAGGAAAGUCAGCUGCGUCGGAUUCCUCUACUUUAUCCAGUAAUCUCUUCGGAAAUUCCGGUCGGUCCACCUGGAAUGUGCUCCGUGCCAGAGAACCCCGAUUGAUGAUCCAGCCUUAGCUCUGACUGUCCAAGCAAGGGGGAGCCCAGCUACGACGCGCCACCUGGCAGGUUUCCCAGUUCGUCUGACUCUAUGUAGAUGCCCUUUGAUCUGGCAAAAGCCAAUCAAUAUUCUUUAUUGAGUAGUCCUCUCUGGACAAACUUUACACAUCUCGGGUAGAGUAUUCCGCCCAUCGAUGUCCAAGCUUGCAACGAUCGUCAUGAGUGAACGUUCCAACCAACCAACCAGACGACUUCGGACAGAAUCCAAAGGAAGACGCCACGGUGGUAUUUUGGCCAAGCGCUUGGGUUCAGGAGGGUUGGCUUGAAGUUGUUCACGAAAGUGAACUAGACAACCAAAUCGACGGAGCAUGCCGAUUGGAGUGAACUCUUCGACGAGUUUCUACCAGUCCUUUACUCCAAGGUUUCAAUUGGACUCUUUCCAUCAUUUUGAGGCAUUUUCGCGUAGUUAUGCGGUAAACAAUCCCAGCAGUCACCAGCGUGCUCGACGUAGUAAUGCCAGAGACGUUUAUCAACUUAGUCAGCAUUGUGCGAACACUGCCGAACAAAGUCCGCAUAAAACGUUCGCAGGUCUCAUUCAAUCCAGAUUAUAAGGAACAGCCGGACUGUCUGAGACUCGCAGCGAUUGCAUAACUUACUUGGUCAUGUCGUCACUGCUCAGGACAGGUUCUCCAUCCCUCCGGAGGAACCAUACUACCUUGUCAUAUAGAGAUAAGGAGUAGUCCUGGCGAAUGCCCUUUGUCGCUUCUUCUAUUUCCUCCACACAGUCACUCUGCAGCUUAAGCGGUCGACACACACCUUCUUAAUUACAUUACAGAGAUCACUAGUGUACUUCUCUUUGACCUAACUGAUACGCCUUCGCAAUUCGAAGCAUCUCUAUUGGUUUGCAUAUGGUGCGCGUUGGCCUUUCUGUAGAUCGCACUCAGGACAGUUUACCUGGAGGCCAUCUAUAUGAAAGUGCCCACACCUUCUAUGACGUUCGAGUCUUGUAAGACUACAUCUACUGACUCCUUCUCCUACUGUGGAACAAAUGUAACCACUAUCAGUCUCUUCUUUGAGUAAGUUGCGUGUAAGUGUGGAAGCUGCCGGCGUGGAUGGCUUCUUGUGGGUAUGGCCUGGCUGGUGUCCGUAUGUACGAGACAACCGCCUGUGCCUUUGAGGUUGAAUUCCCAUCCUAAUUGCGAGCAGUUCCCUCCACCUAGCCAAGGCAUCAUACGAUCUAAGUCCUUUUCCCAACGCUACCAGUAGUUUUACAAGUUCUCGUAGUUGCAUCACUAGCCUAUCUUUGUGCUUUGAAAGAUAUUUGUUUGUCCAACUAUCAACCAGAGCAACUUCUUUACUUGCAGCAAUGGAACUAGUUGAAAGACUAUGUCUCAUCAGUUUUACUCCCCCACUAUUAUCCACAGCUAUUUCGUCUUCAGUCUCGUCAUCGUCCAAAUUCAGCGAGCAAAAUCCACUCUCCACCGGUUCCGCGUCUCAACUCUGCCUUGCGACAUUUUGGCUGCGUCCUUCCGGGUGGUAACUCCGUUAGGAAUACCAUGAGGAGCUGCCGCCAUGCCAACUACAUUCGGGUAGUUUUGAGGCAAGUCGAGUUUCUUCGCAAGACAUUUUGUUUCUACAUGAAUUUCUACUCUAUGUUGAGCCAGACUCAAGGGUCAAAGCAGUGUUGCUUUGUCCUUGACUGUGUUGAGAGACUUGAAACGACAAACGAGAGAGAGAGGAGAAGCCAGAGACACCCGCGCGACGGUAAACCCGUCGGGCGUUUGGAUAGUGCUCCGGUAACCUUUUGCCUGGCGAUCUUGGUCAUUUUGAUGAUCUUCAUCCUUCUGAUCUUGGUGGAUCUUUGUGAUAGUUUCAAGGAUUUACGACCAUGACCAACAAUAAUAUUACAUAGCUUAAUAAUAAACCUUAGUAAAAUAUACCUUAAUAAUAUAUUCUUUGCAAUGUUUUAGCGCUAUCAACUUAGAGUAAUUGACAUGGAGGCAUAAUUAUCAAGGUCGUGUGCCGAUCAGCGAUCUUGCGCGUGAUCGCCGACUUCGACUUUGGCAUGUCAUAUCUAGGAGCAUGAUAGAGUUAGCGAGAAGUGGUAUUUUUGUCAAGGAAGUUUGACGAAUGUAUAUUCCAU